UAAUAGAUUGUGCAUGCCACAUGGCAAUUCAAAAACCCAAUCACAUAUUCACCUCCCUAUCCAUCAGGAUAAGCCCCUUCUCUUCAAUAUCAUCUUCUCAGUGUUUAAGCUUAAGCCUUUCUCACUUCUUUCCCCACACAGCAAUCACACCCACCCUGCAUUGUACAGCUCGAAAUCUGUCGACAUGGUGUCUGCCUGUGCUGCUUCGUCCACCAUUGCGGCCGCUGCAUUCUCGUCCCCGAGUUCGCAGACAAAGGCGUCUUUCCUCUCGGGGAGAAAACUGAGGGUGAGCAAGUACUCGGCCCCUGCCACGUCGCGAUCUUUUACGGUUUGUGCUACGGCUGAGCCCAACCGACCCCUCUGGUUCCCGGGCAGCACCCCUCCUCCAUGGCUCGAUGGCAGCCUCCCUGGAGACUUUGGUUUUGAUCCCCUUGGUCUUGCAUCUGAUCCCGAGAGCUUGAAAUGGAACCAGCAGGCGGAGAUUGUGCACUGCAGAUGGGCGAUGUUGGGGGCUGCGGGUAUUUUCAUCCCGGAGUUCCUCACGAAGAUCGGGAUUCUGAACACGCCUUCGUGGUACACUGCGGGCGAACAAGAGUACUUCACCGAUACAACCACGCUCUUUGUCAUCGAGUUGAUACUCAUCGGCUGGGCUGAGGGAAGGCGGUGGGCAGACAUCAUCAAGCCUGGAUGCGUGAACACGGACCCCAUCUUCCCCAACAACAAGCUCACCGGGACUGACGUAGGCUAUCCAGGUGGCUUAUGGUUCGACCCACUCGGUUGGGGAUCUGGUUCUCCCGAAAAGAUCAAGGAGUUGAGAACCAAGGAGAUCAAGAACGGAAGAUUAGCCAUGCUGGCAGUUAUGGGCGCAUGGUUCCAACACAUCUACACCGGAACAGGACCAAUCGACAACCUCUUUGCUCACCUGGCUGAUCCCGGUCACGCCACUGUUUUUGCUGCUUUCACUCCCAAGUGAGAAGAAAAGUAUCGAGCUGCUGAAGAACGUCUUAGAGCAAGAAUUUGACAAUUAUUUGUCCGAUCAUAUGUUGUAUGAAUACAAUCAUGUUCCUUCAGUCUUUGUCUGAUGUAGAAAAGAUUAUGCAGUGUGUACAAAUACUUUAAGCUCUCGCAACUUCGGAACCUAAUAAUCCAGGCCCUAAUUUAAAUUUCC